AUGGGUGAACCCAACAGACUUACAUCUGGUACGUCUAAUAACCUUCCGCUGGUUAUUACUAAUCACUAUGAUCCAAUGUAUGUUCAUCCUUCAGACUAUGCAAAUGCUUCUUUAAUCUCAUGUGUGCUUACUGGUUGUGAAAAUUUUGUGAUUUGGAACAAAGCUAUGACAAUUGCUCUAAAAAGUAAGAAUAAACUUAAGUUUGUCGAAGGCAAGGUUCCUAUGCCUUCAGAUCCUGAGUUAGCUGAAAAAUGGAGUAUGUGUAAUGCUCUAAUCAUGUCCUGGUUAUUAAAUUCUGUUGAUAAAUCAAUCUAUAGAACUCUUGUUUUUUAUGAGACAACUUCUGAAAUGUGGAAUGACAUCAAGAAUACCUAUGAAAGUAGUAGUGGAGCUAGUAUAUAUGCAGUUUUGAAAGAAAUUGCUAAUUGCAAACAAGGAAAUGACAAUGUAAACACAUAUUACACCAAUCUGAAACAGUUGUGGGAUCAUGCAGCAUCUAUUAAGGAUGUAGAGCGUUGUGUGUAUAGUGCUAAAGCUUAUUUUGAUAGGUAUGAGCAAACUCAACAUUUAGUUCAGUUUCUCAUGGGACUAAGUGAUAGAUUCUUUGUCGUUAGAAGCACAAUACUUGCUAUGAGUCCACCUCCAUCAGUCAAAGAAGCUUUUAAUAUAGUAAGUCAAGAGGAGUCUCACAAAAAAAUCUGUGGUGAUACUAUUUUGUCUAAAAACACUGGUCCAUUCAUUGCAAAAAGAUCAAUAAAAUCUAAUGCAAAGAAUCCAAACCUCAAAUGCUCACAUUGUGGAAGAACUGGUCACUUGAUUGAAAGAUGCUAUCAGCUUAUUGGCUAUCCAGAUAAGAAACAAGGCUUUAAGAUUAACAAAUCUGCCACUGCAUCUGUCAACAGUUCAUCUGUUGAAAAUGUGGAUGAUCAUAUGGUAUCAAAUAGAGGUCUUCUUUUUUAUGUUGAACUUGUUAAAAAUGGACCUAUACAUGUCGUCUUACCUACUGGUAAGACUAUUUCUGUAGCUGAGUCAGGACAUUCUUCAGUUGAAGUGUCAAAUCUUCUUAGAUCUGAACUUGGUCUGUCAAGUGUUCCUGGCUUCAUUUGUGAUGUUUGUCAUAGAGCAAAACAGACCAGAACUCCAUUUCCUCUUAGUACUCACAAAUCAAAAGCUAUGUUUGAGCUUAUCCAUGGUGAUGUAUGGGGACCCUAUCAUGUUGAAACCAGAAAUGGUUUCAAACGCUUCCUUACCCUUGUUGAUGAUUUCUCGCGUGCUACUUGGGUUUUCAUGUUAAAAAGUAAAUCUGAAGUGUUUACUUGCUUGAAGGAAUUCUUUGUGUUAAUAAAAAAUCAGUUUGAUAAAACAGUAAAAAUCUUUAGAUCUGAUAAUGGAACUGAAUUUGUGAAUUCCUAUGUUACUGAUAUCUUUAAAAGAUCUGGGAUAGUUCAUCAAACAUCUUUUGUUUAUAGUCCUCAACAAAAUGGAGUUGUUGAGCGUAAACAUAGGCAUAUUCUUAACGUUGCUAGCGCCCUCAUGUUUCAAAGCAAUUGUCCUCCCAACUUCUGGGGGGACAACGUGCUUGCUGCUGUGCAUAUAAUAAAUAGGCUUCCCACCCCUCUCCUUGGUAGGAAAAGUCCUUACCAAAUAAAUUCCAACCAAGGGCAUCUCGGUGUUGCUUCAUUGGUUAUGCUGAGAAUUAAAAAGGCUAUUGAGGAAACAAGUAACUCCCACACUUCUCCUCAUAAAGUUGUGCAUCCCAUUGGUGCCUAUGAUGAUUUUCUUGAAGUUUGUAAAGGCAAUCUUCAGGGCACACCUUUGGAUGAGAUCCAAGAUAUCUCUCUGGAUCAACAACCAGGUGUUACUCUUGAUGGCAACACAAAUCACCCUCCUGAACCAACUGUUGUGACAGAAAAUUGUGAUUUAACUUCUGAGGUCUAUCCCAAUACACGCCAGUCGAGCAGAAAGCGUCAUUUACCCUCUUAUCUUCAUGAUUAUCAACUUUCCAUAGGAAGUGCCACUGUCAAGUAUCCUUCAAGUGAUGUCUGUCAUCUCCCAGAUGAUUUGUCUAGAGAAAGUCUUUGUUUGCUGGCAAAUUUAGAUAAAGUUGUCGAACCCCAAAAUGUCAAGGAAACGAUCCUCAAUCCAAAGUGGAAAGAGGCUAUGGAUCUUGAAAUGAAAGCACUUAUUGAUAAUAAAACAUGGGUUUUGUCUUAG